AUGUCAUUAUAUAAGUGGUAUCAAUCCAAUAAUAAUGUGGUCAUCAGUAUCGACCUACCGGAUAACACGACACGUUCGGAUAUAGUGUCAGACCUCUCGGCGGACAAUGUUACAGUGUCGGUCGGUGUGGUGGGCUGUGUGACUCACAUCGAGGGCACGCUGUUUGCCCCGGUCAAGGGCACAAAGGUGGUGCUCAAGGAAAAUAUAGCACUGAUCUACAUGGAGAAGGCUCAGCAGGCCAACAAGUGGCCAAUGCUGCUGGCCGACGCCACCCACCACCAGCGUGCACGUGUUGUCUACGACUAUGCCGGCCAGGGAGACGAGGGCGAGCUUGCCCCGCUCUGGGUCAACGAACUGGUACUCAUCAUAGAGAAAGACGAGUCGGGCUGGUGGGAGGGCUCCAAACUCGAGCAGACCGGUGUGUUCCCAAGCAACUUUGUUGAGGCCUACGAUGCAGAUUAUCAACCUCCAGAGGAUGUUGAUCUAUCUCAGGAGCUUGCCAAGUCGGAGGAGUCACAGACAAUGAACUCGAUGGCUCGUAUUGGAGGCAUUAACAUUAUGGGUGCAGAGUUGAAGAACAAGUUGAACUUGAGAAAGACUGCCGCACUUUCAAAGGAUGAGGUUAAAGAGGCCAACAAUGGACCAGCACAAUCACCAGCACCAGCACCAGCAACAUCAUCAUCAGCAUCAUCAUCAGAUAGUGAGAGCAACACUCCAGCACCAGCGCCCACGCCAAUUGCUGUACAAUCACCAGACAAGGAGGUCUCAAAGCCUGUGGUCAAGAAGCCACCACCUGUUGCACGAACAUACUCUACCACCUCCACUGAUUCAACUUCAUCUUCCUCAUCAUCAUCAACACCAGCUCCAGCACCAGUACCUGUACCAGCACCUCAGGUUCAAGCACCAGCUCCAACUCCUGCGGCAGCAUCUGCCCCAGCUCCAGCACCAGCCCCAACCCCUGCUCAGCCAGCAGCUUCCAAUCCCCCACCUCAACAGAGCAAGCCACAGCCACCUCCACCCCAGCAACAGCAACAACAGCAUCAAGAGACGUCUGAGAAGGGCAGCAGUGGAGGUGGACUCAAGUCCUUGUUCAAGAAGCCACUAAAGAUCAUCUCGGCCAUCCAUGGCAUGGACUCAUCGGAGAAGUCAUCACAUCAUCAAAAGGACAACAAGAUACGUGCUAUUGUCUUGUUCGACUUUGAGACAGAGGAAGCCGGAGAGUUGGGACUGACAGCCGGCGAGACGAUUACAAUCCUGGCCAAGGACAACACUGGAUGGUGGCAAGGAGUCAACGCACAGGGCAAGCAAGGAUGGUUCUCGCACACCUUUGUCGAGGAGAUCAAGGAGGCGCCACAAACAUCAUCCAAGGACAAGGAGAAGGAUAAGCCACAGCAGCCUCCAAGAAACUUCCAACAGAAUUCGACCCCAGCACCAACGAGCGCUCCAGCCGCCGCACCAACUUCAGCACCACGCCCAGCGUCGCCAACCACAGACGCCGACGCAGAGGAUGAGGACUUUAAUGCGGAUGCUAUAUUGAGCGAGAUUAGAUCGCCAGACUCUCAAAAGUUGGAGCAUGUCAAGAAGCCUGUGGCCGCUCGUGGCCGCAAGCCACCUUCAAGAUCGAGAGCUUCAUGUUUGUUGUCGCCAGAGGAGCGCGAGGAGCGUGAAAAGAUGAGGUCACAGUACUACUCUGUGUCGCCACUUUCAAGCUCGGGCAACUUUAAUGAGAUGUUGGGUGAAGCAUCUGACGAGUCGACCGAGUCUUCUGAGGCCCCUGCUGCAGCUCCACAGCCCAGAGUGCCCACAGGCGUCAGCCCAUUCAACCCUGCUGCUGCGAUCGCCAAGGAGAUCAAGGAGAAGAGUAGCAGCGGUGGCCCAGCCAUGGCUAACAAGUCCGAUCGCGACAAGAUUCGAGCACAGUUCUUCUCUCUGGCCCCAGCCAAGAGAGCAGCAGAGGCUCCAGCACCACCUGUCACCAGCAUCGACAAUGAGGAGGGUAGCUCGGCUGAGAGGGUCAAGCCACCACCCCCAGCGCCAAGACGCGCCAACCCAACACCAAACACAGCAGCCCCUGCUCCCUCAAGUGGAGGCGCAGGUGCUGCCGGCAGUCCAGCGGUUAUCUCAACCUCUGGCGAGAUUGGACCACCACCUUUGGCAGACAUCAGCGCAGCUGAGCAACAACAGCAGCAGCCACAAUCACAGCCAACACAGCAGCCACAACCGGUUGUCAUGAAGCCCAAGCCACCAAUGAUAAAGAAGCUUGUGCCACGUCCAGUUGCGGCGGCUGCAUCAGGCGAACAGGCAUCAGCCUCAUCACCUUCAACACCAGCAGCGGCAGGAGCACAGAUCAACCUACCACAGCUCGAUGACGACGGAUCCAACAAAGAGAAGGCACCUCCCAGACCAGUCAUCAAGCUGGUGCCCAAGCCCAAGCCCGUCCCACCACCCUCAGCUGCAGCUCCACAACAGCCAGCAGCAAGCAACACAGAUGCCCCAGCUGCCAACAACAACACAACAGACUCUGUCGCCACACCAUCGCCAGCCCCACCAGUUGCUGCCAAGCCCAAGCCAGUGGUCGUGCGCAAGGAGGCUCCACCUCCCAAGCCAGCUGCACCAGCUGUCCCAGCGCCUGUACCAGAGCCAGCAUCAAUCCAAACACCACCAGCACCAGCAGUGGCCGCAGCCAUCGAACAGCCUGCCACUACACCUGCACCCGCACCUGCACCUGCUGCCGUUGUAGCAGUGGAGCCAACGCCAUCGCCAGCGACACCAGACGAACAACCAACACCUGUAACAAUAGUACCAUCCCCAACUAAGCAACAACGUUCACCGCAGACGACAUCAUCGCCAGCAUCAACCCCAGCUCCAGCCCAAGCCCCAGCCUCCCCAUACGACUCAAUUUUCAAGGAGCUGGCCGCUGUCACGAAGCAGGUGUCAUCAAUCUCCCUGCCCAAGAGCACAUUUGGUCAUCAGUACCCCGAGCUGGCCGAGUCGUUCCUUUCCGUCUCUGCAUGUAGCGUCGACGGCAAGCAAUGGAGCAACGACAACGAGCUGGCCCACAGCGUCCGCAUCCCCCUGUUCCAGGUGGUCUGGCCCUACAUCUACUGUAUCCUCGCCGACGAGAUUGGCCAGGAUGAGGUCGACAAGUACAUUGGCGACCAGCCACUCGAGUCGCGCUUCGAUCGCCCAUUCACACAGCAGAAGAAGGUGCACAACGCCUUUUGCCAGGGCGCCGCGCUGACCGAGUCACACCUGCUCUCCCAAAAGUAUCCCAACGCCUCGGCCAGGAUCUCACACCUGCUCGCACGCAUCCAGAAGCUGGUCAAGGGUCAUGUGGCCUGUGACAUGGGCUGCUACCUAUCACAAAAGGCUGAUGCCUCUGAUGAGGUGACCACGGCGCACUUGCUCAAGAGUGCCGGACUUCUGAAACAGCCAGACGAGAUCAUUGAUAUUUAUUACCAACUCAACGCGAUCCAGUUGAGCACGUCUCAAAUAGCAACACUUGCUGUAACCUUUGCCGCUGAUGGAAUAAGUCCUUUGACCAAAUCGUGCUUGGCCAGCAAAGAGAUUGUAAAUAGAAUACUGUCGUCAUUGAAGAAUAACAACGUUGAUCCACUCACAAAGAGAUUGAACAACGGUGCCGAACAACAGAAGUAUGAACUGCUGUCAAUCCAGAGUGAUAGUGGCGUGAUGAUCUUGGUGAUACCAGGUGUUAUGGGUGUGGCCGUGUGCACUCAAUCGGCCAAACAGAACGAUGUUGCCGAUCCACCAGUUGGCAUAUUCAACAACGACAAGCACAACGAGUUUGCACAGCAACUUGCCAAGGCAAUCAACAACUAA